ACUAAAUUAAACGUCUAUCUGAAAAAUGUAUCGUAAAAUAAAUAAUAAGUAAAUAUAUAAUAUGAAAAAUAAAGAUAUUACAUUAAAAAUAUAUUAGAAUAUUAGAAUAAGGAAAUAUAAAAUAUAAGAAAAAUAUAUAAUAAGUAAAUAUAUAAUAUAAGAAAUAGAAAACUACAUUAAACAUCUAGGUGAAAAAUAUAUAACAUUAGUGCUAUGUUCUUUGGGUUGAACGAAGCUUGUAAGCAAAACAUUGUAAUGAUUGAUAAUCAACUAUUUUCUAAUCGUAGUAAUUUGUUGAUCGAUUGUAGUGAUAACAAGGGGAAACUUAUAUCAACAAUGAACAUAUUCAUCAUCACGACGUCAAAGAAGACGCACCGUUUGUGUCACCGUUACGGAGACGUCGCAAGCUGUGGAAGAAGAAGAUAUCAGCUGGGUUCAUGUGUUGAUAUCACAGGUCUUGAAGGAAAAUGGUGAUGAUUUCAAGAAGAUGAAAUCAUGGAGCAGUAAGUUAAUCUCUCUCUACUCUCGGUGAUGAAUGAAGCGACAUUGUUACUGCGAGUAUGGUCGUUCAAGAUUGGAGGCUUCAAGAUUGGUCAAGACUAAAGCAAGAGCAGUGGAGCAAUGAGCGUUUGUGCGUGUCGUUGAGGCUAACGAGAGGAGGAUGACUCAAUGCUUAGAGUUUGGUUUCUGAUUGAGAAGAGAAAGAGGUUGAGAUCUUUCAACUCAGGGUUACACAAUCAGAAUGGAUCAAGCAAGUGUAAGGCUCAAAUCACAGGGUGGUUUGGAUUUGAGUGAAGGUUGUGUGUUUGAUUAGUCUCAGAAGUAAAGAUCAGAGCUCAAUAAUCUGAGAAGUCUACAGGUCGUGGUGAACAUGGUCAAGUGGUUGAUCAUGAUAACUGUGGAGGUACAGAUGGUUGGAUCAAGGUGAAAGACAAGUGUUUAGUGUGCUUUCUGAAGUAGCAGAUGAUGAGUCUAAGGCGUGGUGAUCUAGGGAGUGAUAAAGGAGUGCUGCAAGGAAGCUGCUGUAGUAGAAUAAAUCUGAGAAAAGAUUCAUGUCUGUGGGAAGAACGUGUAUGUUCUCUAACGAUGGAUGGACAGAGACUGAGACAAAAUCAUAUUGGAGUUCUCAGUGGGAACAAGAAGAACUUGUGGAGCAGUGUUCUUUUCAGAGAAAAUUUCUCAGAAGAGAGUCAAGUGAAUGUAACACUCAAAGUCAGUUCAGUUGAGUGGCGCAAGGAAGCAAAAGGAAGUCUCUGGUGGAUCUUCUGCUUUAUCAGAGAAUUGUUGCAAUAAUAAGGAAUGUGUGUAUUGCGGUUUUGAACACAUUAUAUAGCAACAUGCCAUGGUUAAAGAUUGAGGCAGUGAUGAUUAACUCUGAAAGGUGGAGCUAUGUUUGACGUACAUAUGAACUUUGAAGGAUUCAAGCUUCAGGUGGAGUUUCUGUAAGUAAAUGAACUUCAGAGCUACUUAGUGGAAGUUUGGUCGCAGGUGGAGUAAUGAACUCAGACGGAACCCAAUUCCUCAACAGCAAUGGUGAUACACUAGCGUCCCGCGUAUCAGUAAUCCUAUCGCCUUUCCCAUUUCCCCCCAUCUCUGAAUCUUAUUGGUUCCGACAUCGUUCGUUAGUUAGUUUUCAUAUAAUAUAAAACAAUGAAACAGCGACGAGUUUCGGUUUGCCUGUCUGACUUCGGUUCACAUUUGGUUUGAUUCUUCAUAAGAAAUUUGACGGCUAAGAUUAAUUAUGAAUCAAAUGUGCGUUUAGUUAAGGUAAAGAAGGCCACACUCGAAUUAAGGUUAAACCGGUUACCUAUUAAACCGUUUGAUAAAACUUGGGCUUAUAUUGGGCGGGAUGAGCAAAGAAUGACUCAUGAAAAGUCCGGAUAGUAAACUAUAUUAAUGAGUUCUUUUUCCUUAAAAAUAAAAUUAGUAUCGUAUGAUCCGAUAUGGCCACAUAUCAGAUAUUUAAACUAAUAAUAACAUAUAUUACACUUGAAAUUAGCAAAAAAAAAUCGAAAAAGGUAUGAGUUGCAAAGAGGAUAAGAGGUGCUUUACAUAUGACUUGGAUUUGGAAGAACACACACUAAUGUGGGACAAAAAAUGACUUAUAUAAAUAUUAUAUUUUAUAUCAGUUUUACAAUAUUUUUAUUUAUUAGUUAUUAUAGUAGUUAUUAUAUUUUUAAAAAGUAAAUAAUUUUUUUUAUUUUAUAAUCAAAUAUUAUUAUUUAACAUUAUUUCAGAUUUUUAUUUAAUUUGCUGUUUUAAUUUAUUUGAACAAUAUGAUAUCCGAUUAAAAAUCUAAAAUUAUCUAAAUAUCCGGAAGCCCGAAUUUUCGGAUGGUUACAGAUCAUAUCGAAUCGAAUAAUUGAUUAUUCGAAUGAAACGGAUCGGAUUACAAAUACCUCUAAAAAUCUGGAUUAUCCGCUCCGUAUCCACCUCUGAUAAAAAGUGAUAAGAUUGGAUCAAUAAAACUUAAGUCAAAGAUUUUAGUUUGAGUUUUGAGUUUAGUUUCUAAAAGUGUGGUUUUAACAGUCAGACCAAAUAAAUAAACAUUACCAUAAAGCUCUGGAUUAUGGUUGACCACUACAAUCAAAUAUAUAUACUUAUGUUCUGCCAAGAAAUCUUCCGUUUAGGUAGCUACUUUGUAAGCAUUAUCAUUCAUGUAUACUGAGACUAUAACUGGUGACAACUAAAACGAAUAUGUGGAAUGAUAUAAAUUAUUAUUUCUGAAAUUUAAUGGAAUGGAAUCAACAUUCCACUUAUUCCAAAACGUUUUUGAUUUGGAAUGAUUUUUCAAAUGAUACUUAAUUUUUUUUCUGGAAUGGUAUGAAAUGUUAUUGAAUUAAAUGGAAUACACAUUCUAUUUUUUAAUUGUAACUGGUGAAUUUUUUUUGGAAUACACAUGAAUUAAGCAUUCAAGAUGUUUGCGUUCGAGUUGCAGUCUGAUACUAUCAUUCUUAGUAACACAAACUGUACUUGUCUGGAUUGAUUGUCAUGGUCAACUAUAUUUAUAAUAGAAACUAAACUCCCAUGUUUUAGUAGUAUUGAUUUUGUAUUCAAGAUUUAGCCAAAUCCAGAAAUACACGCAUUGCUAAUUUGUUUUUAUAGAAAAGGUUAAAAAGAAAGAAUGUUUUCCAUUCAAAGGUUAUAAAUACUCAAACAUGUUUGACAUCUUUAUCAUUACAAAAAAUAAUCUUAGAUCCACAACAUGAAUCGUUUUAUAGCUUUUGUGUUUAUUAGUGCUAUGUUCUUUGGGUUGAAUGAAGCUUGCAAGAAAAACAUUGUAAUGAUUGCUAAUCAACUAUAUUCUUCUCGUGGCAAUUUGUUGAUCGAAUGUAGUGAUAACAAGGGGAAAUUUUCAUCUAAUCUGUUAAGUUUCGAUGCAAAUCCGUUUAUCAUUUCUUUCAGCGACUAUAAAUGGCCAAAAGAAACACGAUGGGAUUGCACUAUUAGUCAUGGAGAGAAUAAUAAGUUCUAUUAUGAUCUUCAAGUAUAUCAUGCAAAUUAUCAACGAUGUGGUCAGUUACGUUCAUGGAUUGCCAAAGAUGAUGGAAUUUGGUUUACAGAAAGAUAUGAAGAUCCAGCAGGGUUUGUUUUACCUUGGAAAACACGUGCCUAGUUUUCUGUUUUACUUUGUUCUUACAAUAACUACAAACAUUAAAUAAAAGAAAUCGAUUUUGCUUUAAGUUUGUUGAAAAAAAAAAUAUAAAAUAAGAUAUCUCAAUUCUAUAAUACAUAAAAGAAUUACAUUGCCUAUUCUACACAUCUUAUUAUAUAAAUCUUGGUUCUUCAAAGUUGUUAAUUAACAUGAUCGCGACAUGUGUCAAUAAAUUUUUUUAAAAUUGCGACAUGUGUCAAAAAUAUGAUCUAUUUUCUUAAGAUUUAAAAGAGAUUUAGAAAAUAAAAGUUAUUAUUACAAAAAAUAUCUUUUUACGAUUCUUGUUAAGAUUUUGGAAAAUAACAAUUACUAUUACAUAGUCUUUUAUAUUAUAUAUUGUUAAAAUUAGGGGUUAUUGGAUAGUAAUUUUUAUUUUUUUAAACCAAAACAAGUAAAUAAUUGUAAAAAUUUAUUUGAAGUAAUUUUUUUGUUUAAAAAAAUCUAAUUUUCGUUUUAAAUGAUAAUAAAGAAAGAAAAUUGUAAAAGAAAAAUAUUGACUAAAAAAUCUAAAAAAUGAAUUAUAAAAUCCUACAAGUACAAGAUAUUAUUUAAUAAAAAUCAUAAAGUAAAACUAACUAUAAAUUAAGUAAUAUUUUGUUUUUAAAAGACUAAACAAAAGAAAAUUUUAAAGUAUUACCAUUAUAUUGCUAUUACAUAGUCUUUGACAGAUAUAUAUUGUCAAAAUUAUUGGAUAGAAAUUAUUAUUUUUUAAUUCGUAAACAAGUAUAUAAUUGUAAAAAGGUAUCUGAAAGUAAUUUUUUUGUUUAAAAAAAUAUAAAUUUCGUUUUAAAGAUAAUAAAGAAAUAAAAUUGUAAAAUAAAAAUAUUAACUAAGAAAAGUAUAAAAUCCUACAACUAAAAAAAAUAUUUAAUAAAAAUCACAAAGUAAAACUAACUAUAAAAUAAGUAAUAUUUAUUUUUUUAAAGCCUAAACAAAAGAAAAUUGUUAAAUUAUUACUACUAUUUUACAAUAAAUAACAAACUUCCAUUUUUAUAGAUAAUUGUAUGUUAAUAAUUUAUAAUCCAAAAAUAGCGAUAAAUAUUUCACAACUAUAUUUAGGUUAUAUUAUCUAAGUAUUUUAUAUUAAUUUCUUGAUACAACUCAAAUUUUCUUAUAAUCUUAUUACAUUUUAUGAUGCUAACACAAUUAUUUUCAGUUAUGAUGUGUUGUCGUAUAUGAGUAUGUGUGAAUAUGAAAUAUAUGAAAAUAUGUGUUUGUACGUAUAAGACAAAAUAUAAAAUUCUGUUAAAAAUAAAUUAAUUUAAAAUUUUUAAACAAAAUGAAUAUAGUAUCCUACCAAUACAAGAAUACUUUUAAUAAAAAAUAUUAAAUAAAAUAAUUAUAAAAUAAGUAUGUUUCCUUUUUUAAAAGUCUAAAUAAAAUAAAAUUAUAAAAGAAAUAUUUUUUUUAUAAAUAACUAACUUUCCUUUUUAAUAGGUAAUUUUACCAAAAUUACUUCAAAUAUUUCACAUGUAUGAUUGUUACAUGUGCUAAUAAAAAUUUUAUUUUGUUAAUGUGUCAAUAAAAACCUGCCAUUAUGUGAAAAUAACUUUUGUUUCCUAAAAUCCUAAAUAAAAUAGAUUUGUAAAAUGUUAUUUCCUUUUUGAAUCUUGACCAAAUAAGAUUUUUUUUUUUAAAAAACAAAAUCCUUACAAAAGAUAAUUGUAAAAGUCUAUUUAAUAGUAAUUUUCAUUUUUAAAAUUUAAUGAUAAAAAUGAUACUAAAAAUUAUUUAAUUACCAAAGAAAAAUUGUUAAAAUAUUUGUGAUAUUGAAAAAAACUAAUUUUGAAAAUAGGAACUUUAAAAAAUAGUUAAUAUUAACUGGAAAUAAUUAUUUGAUUGUAAUGUUUUUCUAAAUCCAAAAAAAAAAAAAUUAAAACAUUAUUUAAUAUUAAUUUCCUUUUCUAAAACCCUAAAAAGCUGUAAGAGAACAUUUGAUAUAUUUUUAAAAAAUCAUAAACAAAAGAGAUUUGUAUCUUAUUUUUAAGUUCAACCCUAAAUAAAAUUGUAAAAAGUUAUUUGGUUACAUUUUUACGAGAUAAUUUGAUGAUGAACAUGAUACUAAAAAUUACUCCCUUUGUUUAAAAUUAGUUUAGAUACGAAUUGUAUAAAUAUUAUUUUUAAACCUAUUUAAUAGUAACUAGAAAUUAUUAUUUGAUAAUAAUUUAUUUUUUCUAAAAUUUUAAAGUGAAUAUAAUUGUAACAGGUUAUAUGAUAGUACUUUUCCUUUCCUAAAAUCCUAAACAAAAAAUAUAAAUAGUACUUUUCCUUUCCUAAAAUCCUAAACAAAAAAUAUAAAUAGUAUUUGAUAUAUAUAUAUAUAUAUAUAUAUAUAUAUAUAUAUAAUGAUUUUAAAUGAAAAGGAGCCCUUUUUAAAAAAAAUCCAAACAAAAAUAAAAUUUAAAAUUAUUCAAUAAUAAUUAAAAAAAAGAAUU